CCCCUGUUAUCAUUACUUUUCCUUUGGUUGUGCUGGUGUGUGUGAACUUGGUGCGUAACCAGGUGUGUGUGUGUGUGUGUGUGUGUGAGAGUGUGUGGGGGGGAAAAAAAGGAAAGCUCGUGAGCAAGAGCGCAAAAAAGGCUUCCGAAAAGAGAAAGUUUUCAACUAACGGGAAUAGGGUAUCUUGGCUAUGUAAUGAGAUUGGUUCAAAUAAUUAUUUUUGUGAAAUAAAAGUCAAGAAAUAUACCCUACUGUUAACUAUUUUCCCGUCCAUGCAAUUAAAUUUUUAAACUCACUGCUGGACACUAAUGCCAAAAACAUAAUGCACAAGCAUCAAUUAAAAAUAAUAAUAAUUGAAUGCAACAAUUACAAGAACUGCACGACCUCGACAUGCAAAAGCCGCUCUCUGGACGUUGGCCCAAAGAGAGCGAAAGAGCUCCCACCCCCCCCCGGAGCUUAAAAGCCGGCUUUACUUGUGGAUCGCAUGUGGAACGUAAGACCCGCUCAGAGACAAAAAAAAAAAAAAAGAGAGUGCGCGCGAGAGAGAGUGGAAAAUCUCGCAUAACGGCUUUUACUGUUAGCCGGCCCGAUCGGCGAUCGCCGGAGCAGCUGACUUCAGUCUGGCAUCAGACCUCAGUGGAGACACUUGCUCCACUUGCUCGCUCGCUCCACACAUCGAUAUCCAGUGGAAACCCGUUCGCGGCUCGCAUCGCCUCGCUUUGGAUUCGAUUCCGUUCGCGCAUGCGCCCCAGUGUUUCGUAAUUGCGCUCGCGCCGUGUCCCAGUUUCGGUGGUUCGCUUCGUUUCGUUUUCAUUUCGCAGUCCGGAGUAAGAGUCGCUGCUCGAGUUCGUUUGGCAACCGAAAUGCACCACCGAGUGGCUUAAUCCGCAACCAGAGAAUCGCCGAAAUCGAAGCAUGUGCAAUCGGCUAGGACCGAGAUCCACCGAGAGUUGAGAUGAGAUCGCAUGUGGCCGUCUACCGGGCGCCCGAAACAGCACCACCUGCACCACCCUACGGCCCCCUGAGAUACCCAACCCAUCAGCAGCAGCAGCAGCAGCAGCUAGGCCACUGGCCCGGAUCACCGGCCCACCCACCUCCUCCGCCGCCGCCCUCCGCCGCCGGAUACAACUUGCAGCGACUGCAUCAUGCGGCGCCCCAUCCCCCCAGCUGGACCACCUCGCCGGCGACUGGUCCGCCGCCACAGCCCAGUGGCUACGGCGUCGUCAACCAGCAACGGAUCAACGAAUGCGCCGGGAUUCCGCUCAUCUCGAAUGCCUCCAGUCACCUGUCCCCCGGCCAGAGGCAGCGGCUGUUGCGGAAAUCCACUCCCAAGUCCACGCCAUCCUGGCCGCCGGGCGGGGCUUCCAUGUCCCAGCUGGCGGUUCAUGCGCAGGGGAUGCCGCUGCUCCAGCAGAAGUUCCAGCCGCCGGCGCAUCCCCACAGCCACCACCCGAUGCCGCCCACCUGGAGUGCCUACCACCCGAUGAGCCAUCAGGGCUUCAAGCUGACCGACAAGUCCCGGACCCUCCGAUACCAGAACUCCGCUCCGCCUGUGCUCACAACCCAGGAGAAGCCAGGAGUAACUGCAUCCGGCCAGGACCAGAGCACUUCCCAGUCGGAGACCUGCCUGCCGAGGAUCAUAAAGCCGAGGAAGCGGCGCAAGAAGGACCGGAAGCCGGGAAACGGAGUGCUGCUCAAGCUGGAGCCCGAGAUGCAGCCGAAAAUGACCAGCCAGGGAGAUGGCUAUCCGGGUGGAGUUGCCUACCACCUACCCCCUGGGAUGCUGCAGCACGACCACACCCACGGUGUCUGCUUCUGCCGGGACUGUGAUCCGCUGCGCUCCCUGUGGGACUACCCACUGCGCCGCUCCCUCUCCGACGCCUCGUCGAGCGAACAGGGCGGUGGCAGCCGCGAGUCCUCCUCCUCCACGUCAUCCACGCACUCGGACAGCUCCUGCGACAGCUCCAUUAGCAGCCAGAGCCGGCCCAAUCCGACCGCCAAGGCGGUGCCUCCUCUGGAGGAGACCGCCGGAGAGGAGUUCGCCCCCAUCACCGGCGACAGUAGUCGAGCGGAUAUUGUGGGCGUGAUCGGAUCCCAGCGCAGUCAUCCCAGCGUGGUGACCAUGCCGUCGCAGUGCUUGAGCGACGACUCCGGCUACGGUGACAUCCUCAGCGGGAUCAACAUUGUGAACGAUCUGUUCGGGAACUGUUUCAGGGGCGGAGGUGGGGGCAACACCUCCUCCUCCUCCUCCUCCUCGUCGGCGGAGACCCUCCUGGACGAGAGUCUCAACGAGAUAUCGCGCAAGCUGAUCGAGACCUGCAAUGGACCGGAUAAUACGGCGGGAUCGGCCAGCGACAGUGGCUUGGAUAGCGCUGGGAGCCACAACUGCAACGAUUCGUCUGCGGGCCUCGUCUUUAACUUUGAGCAUUUGAAUCUAAAUCUGACGGAUGCGACGCCCACAGCCUUGAAUUUUCUAGUAGAUUGCAACAAUAACAAUAACAAUAACAACAAUAGCAAUUGCAUGGGCUUGGUGUGGUGCGAUGGUGGAGGUGGAGGUGGAGGUGGCAGCCACGAUGACAGCCAAGUGGCAGCUGCCAAACUGGGGCCAGACAGCCGGGCCACACCCACCACCACCACCACCACCGCCCGGCUGAUACUGGGCUCGGUGGGUAAGCUGAAGCCUGGCUUUUCCACCAUCUCGUGACUACGACAAUGGAAACCGAAUCAAAUCCAUGGGAGACAAGAGAUGGAAAAUGGCCUUUUUGGCGACGGAUAGAUAAUUGGAAACGUGAGAUGCAAGAUAUCCGGCUGCGUGGGUGGACUCUGACUCUGAAUCUGACUCUGACUCGGAUUGGAAAAUUUAAAUCUCCCCAGACAUCAUUUUAACAUUUCUUCCAUACCCCCAAGUUGCAUAACUACGAAGCGAGAGACACAAGAGAGGUGGUGAUACAGAGGUGGAGAGAUGGAAGGAAAAAGUCAUUAAAUUGGAACAACACCCAUACACAUGGCUGAUGAUGAUCAUCAUCGUCGUGAUCAUGGGCCUUAUGGAGUGACUGAAUCCCAAACUAAAUGGAAACCUGGAACCACAUCCAACACAUACACCCGAGACCGACUCUCAUCCACUUCAACUUUCACUUUCACUGCGGCUGUAUUUUUAAGAUAUUUUUUGUAUCUUUUUCUUUUUCUUUUUGCCAAGUCCCAAAAGAGCUGCUGGUGGAGGGUGGCGGCGGGCAGGGGGAGGCGGCUCUUAUGCAGAUUUUGUGGCUAAAAAAGAAGAAGAAACUGUAGAAAUCGCAUGGAGCUCACCACCAGCUACCAUGUGAAGAUCCGAAAGAUACAUUUCUUUAUAAAAAUAGUUGCUGUUGUUAUUUGUGCAUUAACGUUAAUAAGGUCCACCCUAAGCAACGUUCCUAUCUUAGUAGGUAUUCCUGGAUCUAAUUUUAUUUUUAACUGUCUUAUUGGUUUGGUUUUUAAUUUUAAAACUUAGUUUUUAAUUGCAGCGCUACAACGUGAACUUUUUUUAGAAGAUAGAUAGGUCUGGUUAGGUCAUAGGUUAUAGCUAGUUUUGGGGUCUUUGGGGGUCAAGUUUCUGGUAGGAAAUGGUAGAAAGGAUCUCCGUAUUAUCCAUUAGUAUGUUUUAGUAUCUAUUAGUAUUAGAAAAUCAUUAUCAUCUCAAGUAAGAGUUGAAUUUUUAAGGGAAAUACUUGUAUCUUUUUAAGAAUUAAGAUUCAAUUUGUAUCUGAAUAGUCUGGAGAAAGAACAUCUAGUGCACAAUUAAUUGAGAUCCAAAUCUAAAGGUGAAAAUCGAGAGCAGCCCUAGUUACCUGCUUACUGGCUGGCUAUACUUGGCGAGUAAAAGUUUUCGCCUUCUUUUUUUUUUUUUUAGUUUUUUUUUUUAAUUAAAAGAAACUCACGAACGCGCACACAGAAAUUGCUUGAAGUUUUCCGCUCCGGAUCGGCUACAGUCUCUCAGGCCUCCUACUAGCAACGAGUCGGGUGGAAAAUGUCACAGAUUUUCCAUUGGCAGGUUCCGGCAGACUGGCAGACUGGCAGACCGGCAGAUAGACGUGUUACCAUUCCCCAGAUAGAAAUUACAACUCGAAGCUAAUUUAUUUAAUUAAUAUUUUCACUAGUUUGUAUUGUGUGCUCAGUAAGUAGUGCUCUCUCGUAUUUGUUAGUCUUUUGUUCGUUUAUAAGCAUCGUUUUUGCACAAAUAACAAUAAUAUAUAGUAGACUAUAGACCUAAACUCAUAUCCCCCAUCCAUCACUACACACUACGAUUGUAAGCCAUACACAAUAUGGCCAAUACCAACUUAUUUAUUUUGAUUAAGCCCGAACGAGAACUCAAUAAAAAGUGUAAACAAAAAUGUCAAACAAAAA